AUGACAUCCAUGCAACCAAUUGUACAACAACCAGUUGUUCAGGUACAACCAAUUCCUCAACAACCUGUAGUGCAACCAACUCCACAGGUUCAGCAACAAGUACUGCAAUCUGCUCUUCAGCAACCAGUACCACAACCUGUUCCCCAGCAACCAGUGGUACAACCAACUCCUCAGCAACCAAUUGUGCAACUUACUCCUCAGCCUCAGGAACCAAUACUGCAAGCUGCUCCUCAGCCUCACCAACCAGUACCACAACCUGCUCCCCAGCAACCAAUAAUGCAACCUACUCCACAGCCUCAGGAACCAAUACUGCAACCUGCUCCUCAGCAACCAGUAUUGCAACAUGCUCCACAGCAAACAGUAGUACAACAUGUUCCUUUACUGCAACCUACUCCUCAGUCUGUUGUCCAGCCACAACAGUUAACUACAACAACAGUCAUUCCUUUAACUAAACCUCUGGAAUUAUCUCCCCCUCCAUCACCACCACCAGCUUCACUGUUAUUUUCUGAUGACCCUCCACCAUCACCACCACAACCUUUCAAUAGUCCUCCUCCACUACCAUCCCCAUCACCUGCACCUAAUGAAGUUCCUCGUCCAUUUAAUGAAGCACCUCCACCUCCACCUGGAGGAGCAUCACCUCCACCUCCACCUGUGGAGCACCUCCUCCUCCACCACCUCCACCUCCACCUGGCGAAGCACACCUCCUCCUCCACCACCUCCACCUCCACCUGGCGGAGCACCUCCCCUCCACCUCCACCUGCGGAGCACCUCCUCCACACCUCCACCUCCACCUGGUGGAGCACCUCCUCCUCCACCACCUCCACCUGGGGAGCACCACCAUCUGGUGGAGCACCUCCUCCUCCACCUCAGUCAUCUAGUGGUCCCAAACUAUAUCUACUUCUGUACAUAUUAACGAAAUAA